AGCGUCAAUUCAAUUCAAACAAGCAAAGUGAAAACAUCGCUAAGCAAAAGCUAAGCAAAACAAAACAAACGCGGCUGAUAAAGCUAAAUUAAACUGCAAAUUUAAAGUGAAUUUAAUACAAGUAACCACUGAAGAAGUUAUUACUGAAACAAGAACGAGUAGAAGACACCUAAUUACCUUUUACCUACUACUGAUUACCAAGUAAGAAGCAAACACACAAUGCCAGCUAUUGGAAUCGAUCUGGGCACCACCUACUCCUGCGUGGGUGUCUACCAACAUGGCAAGGUGGAGAUUAUCGCCAACGACCAGGGCAACCGCACCACACCGUCCUACGUGGCCUUCACAGACUCGGAGCGCCUCAUCGGCGACCCCGCCAAGAACCAGGUGGCCAUGAAUCCCAGGAACACGGUGUUCGACGCCAAGCGCCUCAUUGGGCGCAAGUACGACGACCCCAAGAUCGCGGAGGACAUCAAGCACUGGCCCUUCAAGGUGGUCAGCGACGGAGGAAAGCCCAAGAUCGGGGUGGAGUUCAAGGGCGAGGCCAAGCGGUUCGCCCCCGAGGAAAUCAGCUCGAUGGUGCUGACCAAGAUGAAGGAGACGGCGGAGGCGUAUCUGGGCGAGAGCAUCACGGACGCUGUGAUCACAGUGCCCGCCUACUUCAACGACUCCCAGCGUCAGGCCACCAAGGACGCCGGUCACAUCGCCGGUCUGAACGUGCUCCGCAUCAUCAACGAGCCCACGGCGGCGGCACUGGCCUACGGACUGGACAAGAACCUCAAGGGGGAGCGCAACGUUCUCAUCUUUGACCUGGGUGGAGGUACCUUUGAUGUCUCUAUCCUGACUAUUGACGAGGGAUCCUUGUUCGAGGUACGCUCCACAGCCGGAGACACACAUCUGGGCGGCGAGGACUUCGACAACCGACUGGUCACCCACUUGGCUGAGGAGUUCAAGCGCAAAUUCAAGAAGGAUCUACGCUCCAACCCGCGCGCUCUGAGACGCCUAAGGACGGCGGCCGAGCGAGCCAAGCGCACGCUCUCCUCCAGCACGGAGGCCACCAUCGAGAUCGACGCUUUGUUUGAGGGCCACGACUUCUACACCAAGGUGAGCCGCGCCAGGUUCGAGGAGCUGUGCGCAGACCUCUUCCGCAACACCCUGCAGCCCGUGGAGAAGGCCCUCAACGACGCCAGGAUGGACAAGGGCCAGAUCCACGACAUCGUACUCGUCGGCGGAUCCACGCGCAUUCCCAAGGUGCAGAGCCUGCUGCAGGAGUUCUUCCACGGCAAGAGCCUCAACCUCUCCAUCAACCCAGACGAGGCGGUGGCCUACGGAGCGGCGGUCCAGGCCGCCAUCCUCAGCGGAGACCAGAGCGGCAAGAUCCAGGACGUGCUGCUGGUGGACGUCGCUCCCCUGUCGCUCGGAAUCGAGACCGCAGGCGGGGUGAUGACCAAGCUGAUCGAGCGCAACUGCCGCAUCCCGUGCAAGCAGACCAAGACGUUCUCGACCUACUCCGACAACCAGCCCGGAGUCUCCAUCCAGGUGUAUGAGGGCGAACGGGCAAUGACCAAAGACAACAAUGCACUGGGCACCUUCGAUCUGUCGGGAAUACCGCCAGCUCCGAGGGGUGUGCCCCAGAUAGAGGUCACCUUCGACAUGGACGCCAAUGGAAUCCUGAACGUCACGGCAAAGGAGAUGAGCACGGGCAAGGCCAAGAACAUCACCAUCAAGAACGACAAGGGACGCCUCUCGCAGGCCGAGAUUGACCGCAUGGUGAGCGAGGCAGAGAAGUACGCGGAUGAGGACGAGAAGCAGCGCCAGCGCAUAACCUCGCGGAAUGCCCUGGAGAGCUACGUCUUCAACGUGAAACAGGCGGUGGAGCAGGCGGAAUCUGGAAAGUUGGAUGAGGCCGACAAGAACUCCGUCCUGGAGAAGUGCAGCGAAGUUAUUCGGUGGUUGGACAGCAACACCACUGCCGACAAGGAGGAGUUCGACCACAAGCUCGAGGAGCUCACCCGCCACUGCUCGCCCAUCAUGACCAAGAUGCAUCAGCAGGCAGCGGGAGCAGGAGCAACUGGUGGCCCGGGAGCCAAUUGCGGCCAGCAGGCCGGAGGAUUCGGCGGCUACUCGGGACCCACCGUCGAAGAGGUCGACUAAAGCCAAUGAGACUUUUUCUGUUCAUCAGUGUGGACUCUUUCCUAUUUUACUCUAAGUUUUUAGGACUGAUAUGAAUUUUUAAGUUGAAUACUCUUAAAUAAGUCCUUAGCAUUAUUAGUAAUUUACAUGUCUUAAUUUAGUAAACAAAUUGUUAUACGCUUAAUUAGAAAUAUGAAAAAUAAAUAAUUUAUUUUACCUUAAAAGAUAAA